AUGGCAAAAGUUCACGGUACAUACGAUGACGCCUUUGAGUCUGUCAAACAGGCUCUACAAGCCAAUCUCGACAAUGGCCAAGAGGUCGGCGCGGCUAUACAUGUCGAUAUAGGUGGCAAGAGCGUUGUAGAUCUUUGGGGAGGCUAUGCAGAUGCAAAAAAGAGCCAGCCGUGGGAGAAAGACACCAUUGUCAAUGUAUGGUCGACGACAAAGAACGUGACUUCUUUGGCGGCAUUGAUACUUAUCGAGCGCGGCCUUUUGGAUGUUGAUGCCAAAGUGUCUCAAUACUGGCCGGAAUUUUCUGCCAAUGGGAAAGAAAACAUCACCGUUCGCCAUAUUCUGUCUCACACCUCUGGUGUAUCAGGAUGGGAGGCGCCUUUUGAGGAAAAAGAUUUGUACGAUCUGGAAAAGUCGACAGCACACCUAGCUGCGCAGGCUCCCUGGUGGGAACCCGGUUCCCAGUCAGGCUACCAUGCAACAAACUACGGCCAUCUUGUUGGUGAGCUCGUGCGCCGUAUCACAGGGAAACACCUGCGUGACUUUAUCGAAGAGGAGAUCGUUCGUCCUGUAGGCGCAGAUUUCCAGCUCGGUGCGCGCGAGUCGGACUGGCCUCGCAUUGCCGAAACAUUGCCUCCACCACCAUUCGAUCCAGCCCUAUUUGCCAACGUCGACUCCAAUAGUCCGGUCAUCAAGACUUUCACUGUACCACCUCCCAAUGCUCUCAGGGCGAAUACCCCCGAGUAUCGUCGUGCCGAAAUUGGUGGAAUCAACGGACAUACCAAUGCCCGUGCCCUGGCCCGUAUCUUUUCUCCUCUAGCCCUGGGUGGUGAGAAAGACGGCGUACGCUUGAUCUCACAGGAAACAAUCAACAAGAUUCUUGAUGUUCAGUCCGAGGGUUUUGAUUUGGUGAUCUUGUCUCCAGUGCGCUGGGGUCUCGGCUACGGCCUUUCGCACCCGGAAACUACCCCGUGGAUCCCGCAGGAUCAAGUGUUUUUCUGGCCUGGAUGGGGUGGAUCAAUUCUUCUUGUCGAUCUGAAGAAUAAAAUGACAAUCACGUAUGUGAUGAAUAAGAUGGGCCCGGGAAUUCUUGGCAGUGAACGAACUCAACAGUAUGUUGAUGCUAUUUAUGAUGUUGUCAAGAAGUCUCAAAGUGCCUGA